UGAUGGUCGAUCGGGACGAAGUGGAUAUGUCGCGUGUGCCAGUUUUAGUGAUCUUGGGUGCCACGGGUUCCGGAAAAUCGCGGCUGGGUAUCGAAUUGGCGUGCCGCUUCGCCGGGGAAAUCAUCUCGGCCGACAGUAUGCAGGUGUACAAGGGCCUGGAUAUCGUUACCGCGAAGGUGACCCCGGCGGAGAGACUAAUGGCGCCCCACCACAUGCUGGACAUCGUGGAUCCGCUGAUCACAGAUUUCACCGUGUUGAACUUCAGAGAGAUGGCCCUACCGAUCAUAAACAACCUGCUGGCCAAGAAGAAACUACCCGUCGUCGUCGGUGGUACGAACUAUUACAUAGAAUCGCUGCUAUGGAAGAACCUGCUGCCUGCUCCGAAGGGACUGUCGGCGCAAGCCGACUCAAGCGCGACCAAUCCGAGCGCGUCGAUCGAGAAUAGAUCGGACGAUCGAUACAGCGCGCAAGUCGAUCGACGAAACGACGACGACGACGACGACGAUGACGAGGGCGACGGCGACGAGGCCGCGCCGAAGAAAAAGUGCAAAUUCGACGCGAGAUCGUGUGACGAGAGCAAUGAGGAGCUUUAUCAGAAACUGAUGGAGCUCGAUCCUGAGAGGGCGCGCACCUUGCAUCCCAACGACAGGCGGAAAAUCACGAGAUCCCUGGAGGUUUUCUACCAGCACGGGAAAACGCACUCGGCGCUGUUGAAAGCGCAACACGCUACCAGUGGUUGCGAUCUCAGCGGACCAUUGAGAUUCUCAAACUCGGUGAUCCUGUGGCUACGUUGCAACAAGAGUGUCCUCGGCAAAAGGCUGGAGGACCGAGUGGACAGCAUGCUGGAGACCGGCCUGGUGGAGGAAUUACUCGACUUUCAUCGCAAAUACAACGAGGAACGGAUUAAGUCCACCGAGUCAGCCGAUUACACGAAAGGCAUCUUCCAGAGCAUCGGCUUCAAGGAGUUCCACGCUUACCUCACAUUGCCCGAGGAGGAGCGUGCGAGCGAGAAGCAGCAGCAGCAGCUGCCGCUCCUGCUGAUGCCUCAUCGCUCGGAUUCCCGACUUUUUCUCGUUGCCAUUGAAACGCACCGCGCGAUUUGCAACAGAGUCUCCUUUCGGUGCCGGCCGCCGUCUCCGCUGCGCUCGCGGUUUUUACUUCUGCCGGUUACGCGGAACUCUCUCGCUAUCUCUCUCUGUUCCUCUUUCUUUCUUGACUGUGAGACGCGGCCUCUUUCUUAAACUUCUUCAUGAGCCACGAGAGCAUCGACGGCUGCCGAUUUCGCGCCAGGAUUCCGUGAGACUGCUGAUUCCUGACGCGGUUACGAAGGGGUGAAGGAAGGCGAGGGAGGCGGGGGAGUGUUUCAGUGAGAAUCCGAUUCUACAGUCGCGAGGGGACUUUUGUUUAAUAUUUUGAGAGUACUCGGAAAUAUUUUAUAGUACUGUUCGAAUAUUAUGGUGAGACCGAUGUCUGCUUUGUACAUUUCUUGACGUGAAAUCUCACUCGAGAAGCAAAGUGACCAUCGAGUCACUCGAAUUCCAGCAACUUUUCGCUCAUAUAGAACGAAUUUUCUACUCCGAGUCGUCGAGUGAAUAUUUUCACUCGAAAUCGAAAAGUAAACCUGACGUGUCCCACAAAGAAAAAAAGUAGUAUCAAUUUAAGUAUCAUAUAUGUGAUA